CCCAGCUACAGACAGCACAUACGGACAAGUUCUAACUGUUCUGAUAACGGGCUGCAUACUCACACUUACUGUAUCAGGCCUCGACAGUAAACUAAUGCAGGCAUGAGAGACACGACUAAUCGAUGGGUUAUUGGUGGAUACAGGACAGGAGUUGCCCCCGCUGAUGGAAAGACUUGCAGGUGCCAGAUGUGCUUUGUUUGCAGUAGCUUGUAAGCCUAAAGAUUAGGUGGCUUGGAGGCGAGAUUUAGGCUCUCACUCAUUCUCCUUGAAGAUACAGACCAUUUUAGUGACCAUCUUGGGGUGUUCUGGGGUUCCGACAAAGCGUUUCCAGGCGCUAUAUCCCGCUAUUGAAAGCUAAAGGAGGACAGCAACAGCAUAACAUAGGUAACAUGUGAGUACGGCUGACCUUGUGGCGUCUCAAGUAACCUUAUGACUUGUCCGGAAUGCCCCAAGGACCUCUGUCUCACAGCACUCGUAUCGUCGUAUCGAGACUCUUCAGAUCCGUAUGAUUUCCUUCCAGCGUUGUCUAGCUCCAUAUCUCACGAGUGCCGUCCAUUCCUGCUGCUCGAGUAAAAGCAUAGUAGGGAAGCGAGACUUCGCUUGGAAUACCUCUGCACCUCUCCUAUCAAACGAAACCAAACCCUCCUUCUUCAUCAUCAUCAUCAUCAUCAUCACCAUCAUCAACCAGCCAUCUUACAGUCUGUUCGCCCACGCGCUGUCAGCAUCAGCAUCAUCAAUCGGUGCAGCAACAUGAGCCGACAUGCCUUCCGUCCACGGCGAGGAACAAGGCCCCCGAUCCAGCACCAGAAUGUUAUGUGCCAAUGUGGCCAAAUUUAAAUGACCAGAGUCCGAGCGAGGACCAAAACUUGGGAAUAGGGGCAUUCUAGAAGCAACCUUCCCCCUCCAGUGCAACGCCAUCCAAUACCACCACCCACCACAAUAAAUGAUCCUGCCGGGACUGAAAGAACUGGAACCUCGAGCUGCGGCACAUCCUUACCGACAGCUUGCCCUGGUCGUGGUCGUGCUUCUCAUCCCUCCUUCCCUUCCCUCCUCUCCCUGUCCCAGCAUCCAUGGCUCAUUAUCUGCUCCCUGCUCGUGGCUCCUUCUUCCACGGACCCGAGCAAAACCCAUGCCAAUUCUAUUCCAGCCUGUCCAGUGUCCAGUGUCCAGUGUCCAGUCUCCAGUCUCCAAUGCCGCCAUCCGCCAUCGCUCAGCCAUCCGCGUCAGGUCCAGUUCAGAGUUCCGAGUUCAGAGUGCAGUACAGUUUAGGUGCCGGGGCAGGCUGUGUGUGUUGCUUCCCACUAUUGCCCAGGCAGGAGUAUGGCUGUUUCCCCCUUCUCGCCCCGGCCAUCUGAAUUAUCCAGGACUCGAUUCUCACCCUCCCUUCCUUUCUUUUCCUUUUAAUACCAUCGACUACUCGGCUGCAUCGCUGUUUGACGUCUGGACUACUCUGGAUCUUGAUUCUCGACAUCGUCCACCUCCUGUCCGCGGCCCCCUGAAUUCUUCCUUGUCUACCACGCUGCUCAGUGCUCACUCCCCGACUGCCCCUGCUGAGGACUAGGAUAGGAUAUUCCACCGCCCGGCCCAGUUCCACCACCAAGAGCUCGAACCACCACUGCCAACUCCAUCCCCGAAGGCCACGAGCCAGUCGACGUGGGAUCACUAGGUAAUAAUUUACCUAGCUGACCUAGGGAAAGUGCGCCAUUGCCCGCCAUCCAUCGAGGAUCUAUCUCGUCGGCUCUGCAAGUGUGCAAGUGAGUGCUUCUGCAUCGUGUACUACUCGCUCGUUCAGUACCUGAUCGCCCACGCCGGCUCGCCCUAAGCUGAUAUUAUUCGCCCGGUACGUGCACUACUUGCACUGAACUUGCGCGCCGGUCCUGGUGGGAUACAUAAGGCUACUGUCGACUCCUACCUACGAUACUAACUACUGCUCCACUUCAACAAAGCACGACAGUCAACACCACCUUCCAGAAUCGAAGACCCCCCCGUUCUUUCGCCUCGCCUCGCGGGCUCAACCGCUACUGCCCUAUCCUACGGUGAUAUCCCGUUCUAUCCUACAGUGGUGCUUUCCAGCGUGAAACAGGAGUCGACGGAACCUAAAGGGGCUUAAAGGCUUCACUGCCACGGCUAGCCCAUUAUCCCAGACACCCCUACUAGGGCCGAGGACAAUUGGCAGAUAUCCUACACAUCCUGCCCCUCCCCCAAAAGCCGUCUCUUGUAGACGCACCAAGCACUCUUUGAAUGUCGAAAAACUUCUUCAGUCUCAAGCUGUCCCAUCCCCCAGCCGACUCCCAGAACGAGCCGCAAUCGUACAGGAAAAAGGACCAGGUUUCGGCCCUGUAUGAGCUUGGACUGCUAGACGAUUCGGAUAAAAGAGCCAUCAGGCGAGAGAACAAGGGCAGGGAGCCGCCUGGUGCUGGUGGAUCCCGUGUUGCAGGAUCCCAUCUAAAAAAGAAUUCACCUCAUAUGACCAACGACUAUACUCGAGGGACUGCUCGUGUCUUGCCGACCUCGACCAACAACUCUCUCUACACAAAGGACAGUCAGGGUUCGAGUGACUUACGAAAGCGAGCCGGCGGUGGAAUGGCAGGUAUGCUGGACACAGACCGGAGCCGUACAAGGCGGGAGAGGACGUUUGUUGGGAGUGAGUGCGCUGUGUGUGAGGAGCCAUUGGAACAUACCCUUCGUGGAGAGAGGAUACUCCAGUUCUCUUGUGGCCAUGUCUCCCACGAAGCUUGUUUUUACGAAUACAUCAAAGAAUUUGAGUCACAGUACUGCCCGACAUGCAACGCUCCGUUAGGAUUGGAUACAAGUCGAGGAGGCAAUGUUCUUGACAUUGAAAAGCUAAGUAGUAUCGUGCGAUCAGUGUCAGCCAGCGACCAGUCUGUUAGAUCACAACAAACUCCCACACCUACGGCUUGGGACAGCCAAACUGUACGCCCCCCAAGCCGAGAAUCAAGCUCCAGACAGCUUCCUCGGGACAAUCGAGACAGCAGCAGAGACUCCAGGGAAAGCAACAAUAGGGACAGCAAUAAUGGGAGCAGCAGAGACAGUAGGGACAGCCGGGAACGAGCGAGCAGAUAUGCUGCGCCGUCAAGAAUCUCACAUAACCGAAACGACUCAGAAGCAACAGGUGCAGCAUCGUCAGUGGGAUAUCCAGAAACUGCUGUUAGCGGACCGCCUCGACGCCAUGAUUAUGAUGUUCAGUCCAUGGAGACCAGUCUGAUGAGUCCAAGGUCUAGUGUUACCAGGAAUCCAAUACCACCACCGUCUGUCAGUGUUCGAUCAGAGUUUCCAACUCUGAGCCGGUCUCGCCAACAGCAAACACUGACGUGUUUGAUCACAAUUGAGGUCCCCGACAACAAGUGGCGACCCGAUCCUGAUGAUUUGCGCUCGGCGCCGCCAGUACCUCCCAUUCGACCCGAGGACACUUACGCAAGGCCUCCAUCGCCAGCACAGAGCGCGCCGCGAUUCUAUCCCUAUGAGCAGCCCGAGGUAUUGGAGGAGAUUACUGAAAAUCUCAGGAGUCGAGUUGACAAUUGGCAUGGUUUGGACUUUGAAAGAUUCGGCAAGUUACGUUUAUAUGGUACUAUUCGAGUCGGCAAAGACAAGCAAUCUUGGCAGGAAUUGGAGUGCUUCUUGUUCGCCGAGAUGCUCAUAUGUGUCAAGGAAAAGAAGGUCGCAAUGCCACAGCAAUGGGACGACCAGAACUCCCCGAGGAAGAACACCAGAUGCACGCUCAAAGGGUCCAUACUGAUCAAGAAACACUUGAACGAAGUCAUCGAGUCAGGAAGUGGUAAAAGCAACCUAGGCCAAACCGAGAAGAUUACCAUGUCUAAUCUUCGAACAGCAGACGAGAACAUUUUGACCUUGAGUCUUUCAGUUGCAGAAUUACCAUCCUUCCAUCUCCGUUUCGACAAUAGAAAUCAAUUGAAGCUUUGGCAACAAGCCCUCCUGGAUUUGAAUGCUGUUGAAGGCUCUCCAAUUCGGAGUCCGGAAUACGAUCUCUCGGAGACAGACGAAGAAGACUGGCAACGAAUCUCGAACCCGAAGCGUGUGUCUUCGCUCAACUCAUCAUCCUACGGUGGACCUCGGUCUGUGACCACCGCUCCAACUGAGUAUACCAAUGCCAGAGGUGUGCGAUUACCUGCAGCAGUCCACGUUCCAGUCGACAUUGUUGUUGUCAUACCUGUAUCUUCAUCCAUGCAAGGUGUAAAGAUCAGUCUGGUCAGAGACGCGUUGAAGUUUAUGGUACAAAAUCUAGGAGAACGCGAUCGCAUGGGCUUGGUCACCUUUGGUUCAAGCGGAGGAGCCGCACCGUUGGUAGGCAUGACUUCGAAAGCCUGGAAUGGGUGGACAAAUAUCUUGGCAUCCAUCAGACCUGUUGGCCAAAAGAGCCACAGGGCAGAUGUCGUUGAUGGAGCUAACAUCGCCAUGGAUCUACUCAUGUCCCGGAAAUCAAGCAAUCCUAUCGCCACAAUUCUCUUGAUCAGCGACUCAUCAACCUCAGAUGCAGAGAGUGUCGAUUUCGUUGUAUCAAGAGCAGAGGCAGCAAAAAUUGCUAUCCAUUCGUUCGGACUUGGCAUGACCCAUAAACCCGAUACUAUGAUUGAGUUGUCUACCCGAACCAAGGCUUCAUAUACAUAUGUUAAGGAUUGGAUGAUGCUUCGCGAAUGCCUUGCUGGUUGCAUGGGUGCCCUGCAAACGAUGUCGCACCAGAAUGUGAAGCUGAAGUUACGCUUGCCUGAAGGAUCGCCAGCCAAAUUCGUCAAGAUAAGCGGCGCAUUGCAAAUUACGAAACGUGCGACCGGCAAAGACGCGGACGCUUCCUUGGGAGAUCUCCGAUUUGGCGACAAGAGAGAUAUCUUAGUUCAGCUUGUCAUCGCCCCUGACAAUGCAUCCCAAGAACAACUACCCCAGGAUCCUUGGGAAUCGAUAGUAUCCGGGCUUGAAGCUCUUGGUGGCCCACUCGACAAGGAAGAUGAGCGAUCAGUCUCUAUCGAAGAAGUACCACUCAUCCAAGCCGACCUCACCUGGGGAGAUAUUCUUCGCGAUGGUACAUUGACUCAACUUCCACGCCCUUCGCUUCUAGCAAUCACCAUGCUUCCAGCACCGACAAAUCAACAGCAGAAGAAGUCCGCAUGGCCAAACACUCCUCCAAUUCCUCCACAUCCAAGCGUCGUACAACGACGGAUGGAACUUCUUACCUCUGAUAUGCUCACACGGGCACUUACUCUUGUCUCUCGUGGUCAACAUGACCGCGCUCAACAUCUCCUUCACGAAACUCGUUCAAUUUUGAAGGGCCUUGGAAAAGGUGGCCUCCCGCCCAUUCCUCCACCUCCACAUGCGAAGUCACCAGGUGCUAAUUUGGAUACUCCAUCUCCAACCUCCGCGACGCCGGAUCGCCGGCGCACCCCAUCGCCCCCUACGUCCGCUCACACCACUAAUGGAUCCAUACAACGCCAUCAUUCAAACGAUGCUCUGUCAAUGAACUCAUCUCCCGGUAUUGACCCCGCCACCGUUGCAGCUCUUGAUGCCGAGCUCGAAGCCAGCUUGGAAUGGAUCAACCACCCUGCAGUAUUUGGAAGGGAUAGCAGGAAAGCUGUUCUUCAGGCCAUUGGUGUCAUCAGCAGUCAAAGAGGCUAUACCUUCCGCACUCCGGUCGAAAGUCUUUGGGCUCGGCGUGUUGGUGGUGUCAAAAAACUGACCGAGCGAAGCCGCGAAUGGCGUGAAGAGAGUGGCAAUGAUGUUGGCAUCAUGGAAGAGAGCUAAUUAGCUCAUUAUUUACUUCGGUCUUCACUAUUCCCCCAAAAUCCACACCAACCCGAAAUCCCCUAUGUAUCUUUCACCCUACCGGUACCUCCGACAUUAUCAAACCGCGACACACUAGGAACAGAAUUACCUUACGAUGUUAUGGAUAAUUUUGCCCCUUUGUUUUCUUCAUUCUGUAUUAUACUUUGACGCUGUUUAGCGGACAGGCUUGGACAUACCCUUCUAGUUCAGUUUUUUGGCUUUUGUUUAUUGUUUAUCUCAUAGGGCUGCUGUUUACUCUCAUUAUGGAUUGGGAUAUGGGUUAGCAUUGCGGCAUGCAAUGCGCAUUUGUUUUUCUUAUGGAACGCGAGCGCUGGAAGUGGAUGAAGGCUGUCUGAUAUGUUUUGAUAACGCCCGAUGCUAGAACGAAAGAGUUACAUGGGAGUCACAUGUUUCUGGCAAUUUUGUGAUGGGAUGGACGGAAAAUGUAUGUAUGGAUGACAGAAGCAAGCUGUAUGUCGUUGAUGGCUACAACGAGCAAGUCUAGACAAGUCGAGAUGAGACCAGACAAGUCUAUGCGACGAGACGUUAUAUAGAUGAUGAUCAAGCUCUGGGAAUAUAUGAUUUUCCAAACCUUGUACCAUAUUUUCCCGCCUUCCUAUAUCAGAACUGCAUUUCGCAAUGCCAAGUGACACUUCGCCUCUCUCUCUCUCUCUCGUCAGACUUCUUGACCGACGAAGUCCUGUUUGGCAGCCCCAUAAUCCACAACUGCUUCGUAAUAUAUCACUGUUAUAACGCAUUCGCUGAAUAUUUAGGCAGCCGCACAUUUUCUCGAUACAGUGUGUAUUGAUUGAUCCGAUUUGGUAUCGUUCCCCCUUCUGCGUCAGCACUACCUACCUACCUGCUUACAUACAUCGUAUACGGGCACGAGUAGGCAAGCAGCCGCACUCAUGCAUCGAAUGAUGUUCUGUUCAAAACAGAAGGGUGUAUACGAUGCCGCCAAUUACAGAGUCGUAGCCGGGAACUGAGACUUGGGGUAUCAAGUUCUAGGUAUGAUGUUUUAUGCUGUCGCGGAAUGGGGACGAUUGGGGAUGCGGUUAACUCUGGAUGGUGAAUAUUUUGGAUUGUAUUGUCGAUUGCUGGAUGGGUGUGUUUUGAGGUGUUUUGGGGUGAGGUGAAGUUGGAAGGAGAGAGAGAGGGGUAGAUAGAUAGUUGGGAAAGAGGUUUCCUCACUUCAUUUAGCACAUCAUGAUUCAAGUAUUUAUGCC